AGGCCCAGUGGCUACUGCUUAUAGCCACUCUGCCCCUUGCCUGCUCUUCAGGAAGCCUCUGCAGUACUCAGGUCUGGCAAGCUCAGCUUGGAGGUUUCUGUGGCAUCCGUUGGAGGGGCCCCGGGUCACCGUGUUUCCUACCGGGGGUGACUUGGCAGUGCUAUACUCUGUUUCCUCACUUCUGCAAUUGCCAGGCUGCAAAACCGAGGCUAGCGCUGGGGUUUAGGCCCAGAGGGACACGCAGAGCCUACAGUGACAAAUCUACAGGCACACACUGCACUCCAUGAUCAGGUGACCCUUCCGCCCAGAGCAAUGGAGCAAAACAAAUCCUCUCGCGUGGAUUCUGAAUUUCGAUACACCCUCUUUCCGACUGUUUACAGUGUCAUCUUUAUUCUGGGGGUGGUUGCCAAUAGCUAUGUGCUAUGGGUCUUUGCCCGCCUGUACCCUUCGAAGAAGCUAAACGAGAUAAAGAUCUUCAUGGUGAAUCUCACUGUUGCCGACCUGCUCUUCUUGAUCACCCUCCCGCUGUGGAUUGUCUACUAUUACAAUGAGGGCAACUGGAUUCUACCCAAAUUCCUGUGCAACGUGGCUGGUUGCCUCUUCUUCAUCAAUACCUACUGUAGUGUGGCCUUCCUGGGUGUCAUCACUUACAACCGCUACCAGGCAGUGGCCUACCCAAUCAAGACUGCUCAGGCCACCACCCGCAAGCGUGGCAUCUCUUUGUCCUUGGUCAUCUGGAUAUCCAUUGUGGCUACUGCAUCCUACUUCCUGGCCACAGACUCCACCAACCUAGUACGCAAAAAGGAUGGCUCGGGCAACAUCACUCGCUGCUUUGAACAUUACGAGCCACGCAGUGUGCCAAUCCUUGUUGUUCAUGUCUUCAUCGCAUUCUGUUUCUUCCUUGUCUUCUUUCUUAUCCUCUACUGCAACCUGGUCAUCAUCCACACACUGCUCACGAGGCCCGUGCGGCAGCAGCGCAAACCAGAAGUGAAGCGCAGGGCUCUGUGGAUGGUCUGCACCGUCCUGGCGGUGUUUGUCAUUUGCUUUGUGCCCCAUCACAUAGUCCAGCUGCCCUGGACUCUAGCAGAAUUGGGCUAUCAGACCAACUUCCAUCAGGCGAUUAAUGAUGCCCAUCAGAUCACCCUCUGCCUCCUCAGCACCAACUGUGUCUUAGACCCUGUUAUCUACUGUUUUCUUACCAAGAAGUUCCGAAAGCACCUCAGCGAAAAGUUUUACAGCAUGCGCAGUAGCCGGAAGUGCUCCAGGGCCACUACUGACACGGGCACCGAGGUGAUAGUGCCUGCUGACCAGACUCCUGUCAUGUCACUAAAACAUUAAUCUCUGUCUUAGUAAGGUCAGUCCCGGAGUCUCCUCUCCCGAGGACCUCAUACACUGAGCUGGGAGGUGAGAGGUUUCUGAUUGAGGCCAACCCCUCUUGGGACCCUGGUGGACUAUUAAGUGUGCCAGUUACGUUCUCACGGACACAGGAGUGACGGCACUGGCAGCUUGUUGGAAAAUACCGAACUUGAAUGUUCCUUUUCACCCAUCCUUGGGGUAAUAACUAGCAAGUGUGGUUGGUGGGCUCAUCCAAAGCUUUAGAAUCUGACAUGGUAGCUAGGGCCAAACUUUGGACUUAGACUCUGAGCCAUCCAGUUCAUCCAACUAGGGCUGCAGCCUUAAGAAUUGGGCAGUCACUUCUGGGAGCUACAGGCAGGGGAAAGGACUCUUCACUGGGUCCUGUGGAAGACUUUUGCCAGGUGAACAGUUGGGUUUAGGAUGGUGCCCUCCUUUCCCUACCCACAGGUACAAGGUCUUUGUGACAUUUCCUAGAGCCGUGGUUUGGCGGAAGUAUUUGACUGACCCAAUAACUCAAAUGUAACCAGACUCAUAACACAAAAGCUGGUCAGAAGCUAGGGUGGGAGUGUGUGUCCCGAGGCAGCUAAGUUUCUGCCCAGGCCUCAGAGCAUGCUGAGAGACUGGAAAAGACAGGGCUCCCUCAGGACACUGCAAUGUCUACUUCCCAACUUGUGGCAGGCAGCUGCAGCUUUUGAUGACCUCUGGACACCCGCACAGGGAGUGUCACAUUCACUCACUGUGCCCAGCCUCCCUGUCAGAAACAGCUGAAGGAAGGAGAGAUUUAUUUGGCUCUCAGUUUCAGAAGGCUUCAGUCCAUCAUGGCAACGAAGGCACAGUAGGGCAGCUCAGACUAUGGCGGCAGAAACAAGAGGCAGAGGUUGUUCAUGUGGCAAUGAGCCAGGAAAUGAGAGAGCACUUUAAACCCGGGGUGGGGUACAAUCCUGAGCCAUCUACUUCUAUAGCCAGGUCCUACCUCCUAACAGUUCUGUGGUCUCCCGAAAUAACACGGUUAGUGGGAGAAUCAACACACAGAACAUGGCCCUGGGCCAGUGAGAUUAGGUAAAGGCAGUUGCUGCUAACACGGAUGAUCAGGGUUUGAUCCCGGAACCCACACGGUGAAAAGAGAACAGACUUCUGUAACUUCUCUUCUUCAUGCACGCUGUGGCACACACAUGCCCCGCCUGCCCUCCCCCCCCACAUAAAUAAACGUACUAAAUCAAUACAACAAAGCAAAACAGACAGGACCCAUGGAGAUGCGGGGUGUUUUAGAUUCAAAAUUCAUGAACUAUGGCCAGGCAUUGGUGGCACAUGCCUUUAGUCCCAGCACUUGGGAGGCAGAGGAUCUCUGUGAGUUCGAAGCCAGCAUGGUCUACAGAGUUAGUUCCAGGACAGGUUUCAAAGCAAUACAGAGAAACCCUGUCUCGAAAAAGAAAAAGAAAAACUAAAAAAUUCAUGAGCUAUUACAUACAAGUAAGGUCUUCUUCUGCCCUUUGAGCAGUGUCUAGAAACCUCAGACUCAGGACUCUGAGGAACUUUUCUUGAUUUCCUGAGCCUUGUGCUCCUUAAAAAAUAAAGUUAAAGUCUUUCCUUCCAGCCAGUGUCCCCUUGAAGUUGGGUCAGCUGACUCCUGUCUGCCAGCUGAGCCUGGGUUUGUUCCAAUAGGCCUGUAACCUGCUUGGGUUUGGGGUGAUGGCUAUGGGCUGUACCUAGCGGAAGGUGGACCAGGUAGCUAAAGCGACAUACUUGAACUUUGGCAUCUUCCAAACUCAGGUUCAAGUCUCCCCUGUGCUGGGUGCUGACUAGAAAGUGAGAAUUAGAUUUUCUACCUCUUGGUGUCAUUAGCUGGGAGGUACAACCUACCUCAAGGCCGGUAUGAGCAGGGCAUACUCAGCUGACUUCUUGGCUACUCAUCCCUGAUCCUCCUCGAAAUCCCCUGAUAGGAAGUGAAGGGGUGAGAGUUGGACAUCUGGAUUUGGGAUGCCUUCAGGACUUUGCAGACCUCUACUGACAUCAUUUAAACUCCAGAGCCAUGGCCAUGUCUGAGUAAAGUGAGUGGGCUGGUGAGUGGUCAUCUGGGUAGGCAAAUGGCUUUUCAAAGAAAGAGAUGUAACAGGCAAAACAAAGGCAAGAGAAUAACCACUAACACCACAGCAGUGACUCCGAAGCAGGAAAUAAUUUUUGUUGCUACUUUGUAACUAUAAUUUCGCUACUGUUACAAAUUGUAAUGUAAAUAACUUUGGAGGCACAGGUUUUCCAAAGUGCUCUGGGCCCACAGAGCCUGGAGAGAGAAGACACAGCCUCCCAGGGCCAGAGUGCAUUCCUGCAAGCUUUCCCUUGAGUUCAGGGAGGUAUGCUCAUGCUCUCUCUCUCAGCAGGACUCCUUAAUCUCAUUAAAAUGGGUGUCUUGUACCUUCCAUCAAACAGCCUUCUCUAUGUUUCUAUGCUAAUACAGUAUGUUCUGAAUUUCAUUCAUUUGCAUAUCCUCCUUGUCAUGUUUUGCAAUAGCCAUGUACCACAGUAUGUUUACUUAAUAAACAUUUUUUUUUUGUUUGUUUUUAAA